AUGUUGGAAAAGUUGUCAUGCUAUUUCACCGCGGAGGAGAAACUUCUUCAAGGAAAAAGUCGAUGGAAUUUGGCGGCGGUGGCUGUGGUCCUGCUGGGUUUAUUUGCAUCGUGUAGCUGGGCAAAGCAAACGUCCUGCCACGGAGCUUACGACCUUUACUUUGUUUUAGACAAAUCUGGAAGCGUUGCUACUGACUGGGGUGAGAUUCACUCCUUUGUGAAGAACCUUACUGAAAGAUUUGUCAGGCAACCCGCGAUUGAGAGUUUCAUUCAUCGUCUUCUCAUCCAAAGCCAGAGUCCUAUUGCCUCUGACUGGAGACAAGUAAGGAACCCCAAAUUCACACCUCUAUACAAGAUCCAGGAAGGCCUGGAGCACUUGAAAAAAGUGAUCCCUGCUGGUGAAACAUACAUGCAUGAGGGACUCAAAAAGGCCCGAGAACAGAUAGGACAACAGUCGUCCCAGUCCUCCAGCAUCAUCCUGGCUUUGACAGAUGGGAAGCUUGAAAUUUACGUUCAUGAACUCACCGUGAAUGAGGCUAAUGAGGCAAGAAAAUAUGGCGCUCGUGUUUACUGUGUGGGUGUCAAGGACUUUGAUGAGCAGCAGCUUGCUGAAAUUGCGGACACCAAAGACCAUGUGUUUCCUGUAAAAGAUGGCUUCCACGCUCUCAAAGGCAUUGUUGAUUCUGUAAGAACCAGAACCCCUUCCAAAGAAGAAAUGGCCAACUGUAGAUGCCUCAUACUAUGGAGGAAGAGGAGCUGGAGGAAUCAAGCGUAUGGAGGUCAGUACCAAACGGUGAUCGUGAACCCUCUGCUGCCUCUCAGCUCAGAGGAAGUUGGUGCCAUUGCAGAAGACAUGUCUCUGCAUCCUCAGGGAGCUCUUGUGCGCUGGGGAGAGAAGGGCUCGACUGAGGAGGGGGCUCGCCUGGAGAAGGCCAAAAAUGCCAAAGUGUCCAUACCAGAGGAUGUAGAAGAGCCAAUGAUCAAACGCCCCACCACAAGGCCCAACCCCACCAGUCGAGCUGAGAACAAAUGGUACACUCCCAUCAAGGGUCGCCUUGAUGCUCUGUGGGCUUUGUUGCAACGGCAGUAUGACCGAGUCUCCCUCAUGCGUCCCACCUCUGCAGAUAAGACUAUUGUUCUGCCGCUCCGGGUGGCACAGGUGGGGCUCCACCCCUUUCAACAUGGCCCAGUUACAAGGCAGCGGUCCCUGCCAAGUCAGACCCCGUUCAUCCAGGAACAGGGGAGCUGGAAUGGUAUCGACCGUAUUGUGCUGCACCUGCUUCGCCCUCUCACCAGAUACCCCCGCUUCGCCUGCCACUCUGCCACCACAGAGAGCACUCCUUCUCUCGACUAG